AUGCGAGUGGAAGACUGCUGGGUUGGUACGAGGAAGAGUCCCGUCUACAUAGUGAAACACGACGGCUGUACCGCUGAGUCUGCUCUGCUACACUCGCCUUCGUACGCCUCUCUCCUACGUGCAGCCUCAGUGGGAUGGCUGUCAAUUCGACAAGCAGGAGUUGAAGAGCUACUCGUUUCUUGUCAUAUUACUCUCUGCCAUAUUUGCGAUGAGAAUUGCCGCGAAUACACGCCACCUCGAUCAUGUCGGGAUUCAGCAGGUCGUAACUAUCAGCAAAUGUGGAAUGAAAGUUCGGCAGUUGAGCGGGCAUGUAACCCACCAGUAGAGACGACUACACUGAAGCUACUGAAAGCCAAUACAAUUGACUCCUUCUCUGCUACUGUAUUCAUUAUACUGUGUUUUUUCAAUCUUUAG